CACUCACCGGGGCGGCCGGCGCCGCGACCUCCGCCUGCUCCGCCCGCUGCCCGCGCUGCCUCCGGCGCGGCCUGCGGGAGGCGGGGGGGGAAAAGGGGGGCGGCCGAAGCGGAGUGAGCGCCGAGCGGCCGAGAAACAAGAUGGCGGCAGGGCCGUGAGGCGUCGGGGCGGAGGCUCCGCCCUUUUUUGUCCCCCCCCUUCCCCUCCUCGGGCUGGGCCGCGGCGGCGCGCGCGGGCGCGUGACCCAGCGGGGAUCUCGCGAGAGUGGAGACUGGAAGCAGCUGAUAAUCAGAAGAAAAACCCCAAAAGCAGCCCUAAAGGAAGGGGAAGCAAAGGCUGCCUUGACAUUCCCCUCAAAUCCAUCAGUUCUGGAACAACAUCCAACUGGAGGAUUCCAUCCCAAAGAUUCUCCAGGUGCCUGCCUGGAUCCUCCAAGAUCCCUUCCCCAUGUGACAGUUUCAUCCUGUGGAUCCUCACAAUUCCAUGGAGGAACCUAAGGAAUUUAUUCCCACCCCUGGAUGGAUUUCUGUUGUUAUCCAUGGAUAUCCCUGGCAGUGCAAUCCCAGGGAUCAUCCAGGGACGUUCCUGGCUGAGCUGCUCCCUCAGCACAGGAAGAUUUUCUCCUGCCAUCCUGGAGCUUCUUCAAGCCAAGCAAAAUUCCUGCAGUUUUAUUGGAAGUCUUGAGACUGAGGGCACUUGUAAGGCAGCCAAGAGAAAUAAAAGUCGGGAUCAUGGAGUGAUUUGGGUUGGAAGGACAUUCAGGAUCAUCCAAUUCCACCUCCUUCCCACUAUCCCAGCUUGCUCCAACCUGGAAUUGAAUACUUCCCAGCACCGAGGACGACGAUCCAUCCCCACAAUUCCCUGGAAAACGCCCCAUUUAUUAAUUAAUUACCGAGCACUGCUGCUCCUGCUGCUGCCAGGCCCAGCUGUCCCAGCACCCAGCUUGGAUGCAGCUCCUCUCCAGGGAUUUCUGGACAAUCCCCCCUUGCUCCUCCUCCCGCCGGAUCCUUUUGUGCGGCUCCGUUUCCUCCCCACCUGCUCCCUUUUCCAGCCGCAAUGGAUCCAUUGUCUGGAGCUGCUCGGCUUUUCCCACAGGGAUUGCAGCUCCACAGAGCUCCCUGUCAGCCUGCCCGGAACGUGGAGGAGCCAAGGAAAACAUGAAACAGGGAAGGGAAGAAAAAAAAAAAAAAAAGGAAAGGAGAAAGUGCUUUUGCAGGAAUUUGGUGGCGCUCUGAUGAGUUUGGAUUUACCCAGCACCUUCCAACUGCUCAUCCCAUCCCUCCCAUGCUUCCCACUGCACCCCAGACCUAGAUUUGGGAGCCAAGGAUUCGUCUGGCACCAAGGAAAACCAGCUCGGAGCAGCAGAGACAAGGCUGACCCUUCCCAGCUCAGCCCCUGCCAUCCCCUGGGAUUCCUGUUUCAGCAGGACUCUGGAUUUAUCCCAAACCAGCUGUUGCUUUGGGGCAAUAAUCCACAGGCAUGGGAAAACCUGGAUAUAAAUUCUUUCUGGACAUGGACACACUUGCUUUAUGGAUCUGCAGGAAAAAGAGGCCAUUUAGGGCCAGAUUUGGGGGCCUGACCCUUUGUGCCACAUCCCACCUGGUGCCUGUCCUAGCUGGGAUGAUCCAUAGGGUAUUAAAGGAUAUCUAAGGAUAUUUAGGAAUAUGUCUAUGCCUGGACACUGAUUUGUUUAAACCUUCUGCUCUGAAAUUAAACCUCUGGGAAUAUA